AUGGAAAUAACAGGAUUAUUCGGAUGCCAUAUCACGGUCAAAAACGAAGGGAACGGAAAAGAACCAUCAUCGGAACAGGUUCAAAAGUUUUCAGAAUUGUGCAGACAAACUUUAAAGUGUAAGCCUGUGCUGGUCCUGUAUCCGAGCGAGGAGCAUUAUCCCAUAGAGUCUAUUAGAAAUAGACCUCAAGAAUUGAUGAGUUCGAGCUAUCAUUCAGGAAAGAAAUCGGAUGUUUUAACGACAAUUCUCAAAAUGGCAGAUAUUAUCAAAGAACAUGGAUUUGAGUUGCUGAGAGUCAAAUUAGAGGCAAUGGCCAAUUGUAAGAAUAUUGAAAAUGAUACUUCAUCCAAUGAUGAUGAUCAUAGUAGUGGAGAUAAUGUCAAGUAUUUUGAAUAUCAUACCAAGAUUUAUCUAAGGGGUGAUGAUUAUGUGCAACAAUUGAAACAUUUGGAUGAAUUGUUGAUUCAUGAGAAGGUUGCUAGAAGUCAAAAUCUUCUUGGAAAGCACUACGAUCCUUGUGGGCACUUGUUGACAUUUAGAUGGUUUACUCCAAUAUCCAAAACUGAAUGCGACAGACAGCAUAAGGAAUUUCUUGACAAGUUGAACAAGCAUUUCAACGGAGGAAUUGGUAUCGAGAGCGCUGAAACUGAAAAAGAGUAUGCUGUUUAUGAUACCAAUAUUCUUGUGGAUCAAGGUUGGGCACCAACUUCUCCAUACGAGUAG